UUGUAUCCAUGUGUACCGAAAAGAAAAGAAAGACGGAUGAAUGCAAGAGGGGGCGAUGGAGACUUUUUCGAGAGGGUAUGUGUUACGUGUGUAUGGAGGAACGCCCGCAUUGGUGUUGGGAUGAAAGUGUGCUUGUUAGAACAUGGAAAUAUUUCGUGGGACACUGUGGAGGACACUGUGGAGGACGCUGUUAGAUAUGGACGCAGUACUGACCGAUGAUGCGGAUGAAGGUGAAGAUGAAGAACACGACGGUGGACGUGAACGUGAAGAUGAAGAUGGUGGAAGUGAAAGUGGAGGUGAAGAUAAUGGUAAAGGUAAAGGUGAAGAUCAAGUUAACAGUAGAGGUGAAGAUCACUUAACAGUAGAGGUGAAGAUCAAAUUAACAGCAAAGGUGAACAUCAAGUCAACAGCAAAGGUGAAGAUGCAGACAGCGAUGAUAACAAUACUAUUCAUUCCCUCUACAUAAUUCUUACAACAAUGAUGCUCAUGAUCUAUCAUACUCAUAACGUUAAACGAUGAAAGUCAUAAUUCAAUAAUGGGAUUUUUCGGUUUCCCCCCUCGAGAAUUGCCUUCGAACGGCAAUUCCCAUUUCCUCUCCCCCUUUUCGGUUCUUUC